AUGGGGGCCUACGUGAAACCGAUUGGUAUCUCUCUUUCUCACACCCUUGACCACCCACACAUCAUCCGUUGCGUAAGCAUGUUGCACAGCAAGUGUAAUGUGUAUGUGGUUAUCCAGUAUGGUGGCGACAUUUGCAUGGAGCAAGCGUUGUCGACUCAACCAGACCACCGCUUGUCCAGGGACGACGCCUUGAACUGCAGUGCCCAGGUCGCGAGUGCUCUUUCCCUCUGCCACGCCCAGGAUGUCGUCCAUGGGCAAUUGUCUUUGAGGCACGUGGCAGUAGAGAUAGCAUGGAAUCGGCACAUUUGCCGCCUUGUGGACUUCAGCAUGGCCGCCCACGUUCCAAAUUCCAGCACAAGGGAGACCCCGUGCGGAUCUCUGCCGUGCGUCGCUCCAGAGACGGCGCUGGAGGAGCCGCUCUUGCUCAAGCCAGCAGAUUGUUGGAGUCUAGGUGUGUUGUUCCUGGAGACCGCUUGCGGGCAGGGUUCGCUCGAGUUGCCCGUCCGGUGGCGUCGUGGAGAGACCAUCGCAUAUGCCGCGCGGCGGAUAUUCGAGUUCUUCUUCCAGCAUGGUUGCCACCAGGAGGCGAUGUCGAUUAUGGCUAACGUGCACGACGACAUGAUACUGGCAUGCUUGGAGUCGGUGUUGAAGCCCGAGCCAGUUCGCAGAGCAAAGGCGUCCCACAUUGUAGAAAUGGUAUCUGCCAGAAACAGGGGGUAA